AUGCCCAAGGAUUUGAAUAAGGCUAUUCCCUCAGAAGCUGUAGACUAUCUCAGAAAGUCUUCUAAACUUCCUAAACCCAAGCUAAAGAUUGUGACCAAGAAAAUCGGAUCGACAGGUGCUAUCAAGCAGGUGGUCUCCUUGGAUAAAGAAUCCAUCCCCAGAUUGACACAUGGUCUUGAAGAAGUGUUGAAGAAGAAUGGCGUGCAAUAUCUAUACUUAACUCGAGAGAGAAAGUACCAAUUUCAUAAGCUGUUCUCGAAUAUUGAUCAACUUGACGAUUUCAAGAGUCUAAAGUCUGAGAUAACUGGAAAAUUUGUCAGUCCGUCCAAAGAUGAAGCAUUGUUGAACUUGUCUAGAGAAAAUGAUGCCAAAUACUAUUCGUCUACCUCUUCAAUGACGCUGACACUCUUCCAGUUUUACAUGUUAUUGAAUUCAUUCGAUACAAAAAAUCCUUCUGCAUCUAGGUUCAAAUUUGGAUCUUUCACAAAUCUUAUGAGCAGUAUCCCUGCAAGCACUAUUGUAAGUAAAAAGGAUGCAGAAAACGAUAUAUAUUCUGUGGAGAUAGAUAAGUCUUGUGAUAUUGACCAUUUUUUGAGUGAAUUCGGUCACAUUGCUGAGAUUGUGCUAACAAACGAUUCCAAUGAUAUUAAAAGAUUCAAAGAUUUCUAUAAUCGGGAAAAUGACGGUAUAGGUUCAGAUACUGAUCAAGAUCCUGAACAUAUACAAGAUUUGAUAAAGUUUGAAAAGUUCAAGAACCCUGAAAACAUCUACAACAUAUCCAAAUACGACAAAUUCCUAAUGAGGUCUCAAUUGGAUUGCUAUAGUCCUUUGUUAAAAGAAAAUGGAACUUUUGAUCUAAAGAGUAGGGCAAUAUCAGAAAUUAGGUAUGAUAUGACUAAUAGAAGUAUGAGGGAUACCAAUUAUUCUAACAGAUUCUUUUACCUUGAUGAAAUGGAUGAUUUAAUAAGGACUGCUGGCUUGCUCAAAUAUUCUUUUCAGGCCAGAAUUGGUCAAAUGAGUGGUAUAUUUGUUGCGUUUCAUAAUAUUCGUCAAUUUUUGGCAUUCGAGUAUUUGAGCUUGGAAGCUAUCGAUAAGGUUUUCUUUGACAAUUCGAACAUUGCGUCGUAUAUCGCCAACUCUCAGUUCAAGUUCAGCUUGAGGAUAUGGGGUCAGCUUCUUGAUAUGAUAAAGGAGGAUUUGAAUGCCGACCAUUUCAGAGUGGUCUUGAAGCUGGAAACAGUUGAAGGACAACAAUUCAACGCCAUAAAAGCGAAUGUGGUUGCCCUUUCUCAAGAUCAGAUCAGCCAGCUGCACUUGAUCAAAGAAGACUUUAAUCGAGCCUUAAAAGAGGCAAGUGAGAAAUUCAAAGAUAAUACCGAAGAGCUAGCACUGGCUCGUAAAGAAUUGUUGAAAUCUUACAAGACAGCCCUAGAUGACUUCAAUAAAUCCACCAUCAGCGACCGAAAUAUUGUCAGCUAUACAGUUGAAACCAUCCAAUUGCUUAAUGAUAAAAGGAUGGACUUACAUAAAUUGCCAACUUCUACUGAUGAUAAGUGGUCAUUGGUUUACAAGAUCAUCAGAGAGCGACCAGAUCCAGUGCUCUAUUUGAAGCAUUUGUCGGCCAUGACAAAAGCUGUAACUAAAGAAUUCGCUUACAAGAGUCAUGUCAGUUCAAAGAGCACGCUGUCAAACAAACCCAGGUCUAAAUCAACCAAUAAGACCAGAUCAUCUCAAUCAGAUCAAGGUUAUUCGAGACCUCUAAAAUCAAAAGGGUACUUCCCAAGCGACAAUAGAACCGGAGUGAAAUCACCAAUCCAGGGAAAUCCUAAUUCUCCCUUGAACCAAACAAAAACACUUUUGUCCAAUCAUAAAUAG